AUGAAAAGAUCAAAUUAGUUAAUAUCUGGAAAUGAGAACGGAUCUACUUUGAUUUGGUUAAUGAAUCAUCAUAAUUAUUGGUUUGGUUCAUAAACAAUUAAACAACACUAUGAUCGUAUAAAUUUUUUAAUUAUGAAUGAUAACGUAGAUAUUUUUAUAUCAAAUAGUGAUGAUAAGACUAUUAGGUUUUCGACAAAGCAAUAGGAAUUGAUCUGUUAAUAAACAAUAACAGAUCAUAAAGAUUGA